CUAUAUAAAAGGAGCAACUUAAACGAAGUUUCUGAGUGAAAAUUGAAUUUGAUACUACUAAGCCUCAGGAAAAUAGACAUGGGACUUAGAACUCUUCCGUUGUCACCAUCUCAAAACUGUUGUUUCCCUUCACAGGUUGGAGUUGCACAGAAAUUCUUGUCUGACCACAGGCUUCAUAAGAGCUCUAACUUCAGAAUUUUGGCUAAAUCAGAGAAUGGUAAAGAGGAGCCAAAGAAGAGUAAGCAAUCUUUGUUGAGCAGUGUAACUGAAGCUUUAGAUUUCUCCCAAGUUCGGUCUACUAGAGAUGCUGAACUUCUUGAGAAAGCUAGACAAAACACCAGGUCUGGUAGCAGAAUGACUAGGGAACAGUAUGGCGCUCUUAGAAGGAAAAUUGGAGGGACAUACAAGGACUUCUUCAAAUCUUACAUUGAUGUGGAUGGCCAAUAUGUGGAAGAUGGCUGGGUUGACAAAACUUGCAAGGUCUGCAGGAAAGAUACCGGAGGGGAGCCAAGGCAAGUUGACAAGUUUGGAAGAUAUGUUCAUGUAGCAUGUCGAGAAAAGGCCAAUUCAGGGAACUUUUUUACCAGACUUUUCUCCGGAUGAAGGGAGUGUUAGCUGCUGAAUGAAUUUUCCUUUGUAUAGCUAUUCAUACCUGAUAUAGAUUUGUUGCAAGAGAAUUGCCUCUGAACUUAAAAAGUAAUGAGCUAGAAGAUGCUGAAGUGUACUUGAAUGAUAAAUUGACAAAACUUGCUUAAUUUUGCGAUGCAAA